AUGGAUAAAAGCAUCAAUGCAGGGCUCCAUGUGGUCCACAUCAAGGAAGAGUACGGCACGCUGGAGGAGGCUGAGCUGGACCGAGAGGGAAUAGCUGUACUGGCAUUCUUCUUUGAGGAAUCAGUGGAAGACAACCCUCACAUUGAUACGGUACUGCAUGCCCUGAGAAGAGUGCGUUUCCAUGGUAACACUAGUUCGGUGGCCAACUUCAAGAUGAGCUACCUCAUCCCCCCGGCCCACGAGUUGACGGCCUACUAUCGCUACACGGGGUCUGUGACCACGCCUGGCUGUAACGAGGCCGUCAUCUGGACCAUCUUCCAGAGGACCCUGCCAGCCAGUCAUAGACAACUGGUAGAGGUGGCCAGUGAGGUGUGGUACUGGACGGGGAAGCCCAUGCAUGAGAUCUUCAGGCCUUUGCAGCCGCUGAACGGCAGGAUCGUGUACAAGUCGUUACCCUCCUCUUCCCACAUGAUGCUUCCCCUGAUGCCCAGCUCUCACGUUACAGCUCUCCCGGCCGCCGCACAACCAAUCCUACACAGCAGUCUCACACUCCUCUCUCUGUGCUCUGUCCUCGUUACUACUGUAAACCACAGGGGAUGA